AUGCAAUUAUCUGGUAAAUCUGAUGGAAAGUCUUCUAAACUAGGUGGUUCAGCAUUCAGUUUUAAUGAGAUUUAUGAACGUUUGAAAGAGUUUAGCCAAAAUCUUACUAAAAAUAAAUAUGCACGAUCAAGAUUAUACUUCGCAAAAAUGGAUGUUCAAUACGAUUUUCCUAAUUUUCCAACCUUUGCAAGAGAAUCGGCACAAAAGAUUCCAAAUUCAGUUUUUAUUGACCGCGUUAAAGAAUCGUAUUUAGAUAGGGAGAAUAUACUUGAUCUCUUAGAAAAGCACAUCAAGUAUAAUUUAAUAAAAUCAUUGUUCGUUAUUACAAAGUAG